CGGGUUCGUAAAGUUUACGAUACGUCGGUGCGCGCGAGGUGAAUGCAUUGGGUGAACAUAACCGAUCGAGUGAUCCCACCAAUCGAGUGAUCCCACAUUUCUGACAUACACGCAAGCGUAACAAGUGAAAGGUAUCGUCCGUGAGGGAUCUCGAUCGACUGUGUCUGUCGCAUCGUCGUCGUCGUCGUCGUCGUCGCAUAUGACGCAUUCAGUCGUGUUGAGGGUGUGAGGGUGCUGAGAGGGAUUCGUCUGGUGAACUUUUCUUCAAAGAUCAAACUCAGUUUUAUACACAAUAAUGAUGAAAACGGUUCUGUUGGUGGGAAUCGUGUUAGCGGGCCUUUGUUCGAGCAGUAAUGCCGACGAUAAAAAAGGCCCAAAAGUCACAGAUAAGGUAUGGUUCGACGUGAGUAUCGAUGGGGAACCCGAAGGAAGAAUCGAGAUUGGGCUUUUCGGAAAGACCGUUCCGAAGACUGUCCAAAAUUUCAUUGAAUUAGCCAAGAAACCCAAAGGAGAAGGAUACAAAGGCAGUAAAUUCCAUAGAGUCAUUCGUGAAUUCAUGAUCCAAGGUGGAGAUUUUACCAAGGGAGACGGAACUGGAGGACGUAGUAUUUAUGGAGCCCGUUUCGAGGACGAGAACUUCAAGUUGAAACAUUACGGUGCUGGCUGGUUGUCCAUGGCAAAUGCUGGAAAAGACACUAAUGGCUCGCAAUUUUUCAUUACUGUUAAGCAAACUCCAUGGUUAGACGGUAGACACGUUGUAUUUGGGAAAAUCAUCAAGGGAAUGGAUAUAGUGAGAAAAAUUGAAAAUAUAACUACCGACACGCGAGACAAGCCGACGAAAGAUGUUGUGAUCGUCGACUGUGGUGCAGAAGUGGUGGCAGAGCCAUUCAGCGUAUCGAAAGACGAUGCUACCGAUUAAGUCUCUAUUAAUUGUGACGAGAAUUAAUCGUUCACAACUGCUGUAUAUCGAAAGAGCUCGUCAAGAUAACGCGGUAUGGAAAUUUUGUUACAAACAGAUCGUUCGAACCUUUCCUUUUUGUAAUUGCUCAGAAUAUUAUGAAUGUAAUUACGUGAAGACGCGUGAAACUUUGAGAGAACAGAGAGAUUAUCGUUGAAGGAUAAAGAUCAAAACAAGAAGCAUCCGAUCGAUAGAAUUUUGCUGACUAGAAGCACAAAAAGGUAAUACAUAAUUAUGUUUUGUAUAAUCCAUUGUUAUCUUAUUCCAACUUUUAUAAAUCCAUGUAUCAAAAUGCAAUAAAUUUUAUAUACCUAUA